AGCCGAAAAAUACAUGUAAUUAACGUUAAAUAUAAAAUAAAAAGAUACCAUUACAUAUAUAUUAACCGUUAUACGUUAUAAACAUCAAGUCAGACACACAGACUUAAUUGUUAGCUCUGAAAAAGAGCGAGAGGUGACGAUAAGAUGAGAUGAGACGCGCAGCAUGUUAGCGAGAGCAGGAGCGAGCAUAGUGCAAAGCAAUAUGGCGCCCUCACGUGAUACAGAAAGAGAGAGACGACAACGGCAACAAGUCGAGGGUACAGUCGCCACCUGGGGAUCAGACCCGACCGGGACCUACCACAAAUCAACGAGACGAGCUUAUUUUGUAAGAUAAAACUAUCAAAACAAAACAACUAUUGUAGCAUGAACAAGUGUUAAGAUAAUAACAUAGCAGCAUUGUCAGCGUGUGAAGAAGGCUGCUCUUGUCGAAUAGUUAAAUUUGUAUUAAAUAUACACAUUCAAUGUAGUCCGUAAGCAACCGAGGGACGGAGUAGCUCAGCGCCGUCGUAUAAGAAGAAAAAAAGCCCUUUACGUUUAGAUUAAUGACAACGAUUUAUCCCAAGAGCACAGAAAACCAAAUGAGAGAUUUAUUUGUAAGAGAACCUUUUUAUAAGUGUAACAGAAUUUAAUAUAUGAUAUACUAUAUGCAAUGUAACUGAACAAAAGUAUCUUAAAAGUGCACAGAACAAGAAAAUUAGGCAAAGAAAAUCUAAAGGGAGGUUGUAAUAUACGAAGGAUAGGCAUGAGGGAGUUGGAUGAUAGGGAAUAGGCAACGAGACUGGUUUUUUUUUUCAUUCUAGGACAUGGACAGCAACACCCCAGAGACCAGUGGAGUAUAUGAUCACGGAUUCCAUACAAACAACAUAAGCCAAAUACAAAAGUACAAGCCACAGCCAGUAGCUGUGAAAGUCAUGAAACGGUGUCGUGCCAACGAGUAUCAAAGUGUCCUGGUGCCAAAGUGCGCCGCUGUGAGCAGAGGUCCUGCCAAUUCAACGUGAGCGAGCGCCUACAACCGGACGAACAAAGAUGUAAACUGUGGCUUUCUAAAUACACACAAAUAUUAUGAAACUUGAAGACUUUUAGUGCACUUGAGGUAAAAGAUCUCGUGGUUUCUUUUUGUAAGUAAAGAGGAAGGAUACGAUGGAGCUACAAGAAGAAUUUACAAACAGUAUUAUUUUCCGCGCUUUAACCAAGUUGUUACCCUGUUCAAAAUGAACGCGCCCAAUAGGUUGACUGUUGGGGGCGAUAGCUAUCGAUUACAGU